ACUUCUCUUUAUGCCGUAUCACCGAUCUCGUCGUGAACCUACCUAACCGUGCGUAGCUACACGGAAGGCUCUAGAAAGGCACGGAGAGAGGCGGUUUCUUUGUUCACGAAGCGUCUACGACACCCGCCUCGCUUUUUAAAGCGCUUCGCUCGCUGGUCUAUUCAAUCGUAUACUCCCAGGCCUGGAGCACAAACGCCAUUUUGAAACUCGCACGAGUCCCGCAUGGGUGCUAAGCCGCAAUCGGACUAGAGGCUUGGGACUGUGAUAAGAUUGGAAUUUCCGCCGGUCGAAGCUAGUGUGUUUACCAAACUUGACAUUGAUUUUUUUUUUUCGGAUUGGUGAAAUGCCAGUCCAACUUUAAAUCUCUAGUCCGGUUACGGCUUUGCGUUUCUUGGAUUCCACGGGCACACUCGCAAGAAUUUUGCUUUUUUCCCUUUUUUUUUCCUCGAUAUUAUUCUUCGCUCGUUGAGUAACGGUUGAGUAAUAAGUUCGAUUUAAAAACUCAACGUUAGGAAGUUUACUUACUGAGACUACUUCGCAACAGAAGUGUUUUUAAUAUAAUACAAUCCACUUAACUUGCUGUGAAAAUGGUUAAGGAGACAACAUUUUAUGACGUAUUAGGCGUGAAGCCUGGAUGCUCGCAGGAAGAUUUGAAAAAGGCCUAUAGAAAGCUUGCUCUGAAAUAUCAUCCCGAUAAAAAUCCUAAUGAAGGCGACAAGUUUAAGCAAAUUUCUCAAGCGUAUGAAGUAUUAUCGAACCCCGAGAAGAAGCGUAUCUACGAUCAAGGUGGCGAGCAAGCUUUGAAAGAAGGUGGCAUGGGAGGUAGUGGUUUCUCUUCCCCUAUGGAUAUCUUCGACAUGUUCUUUGGUGGAGGAUUUGGUGGACGAGGUAGGAGGAGAGAACGUAGAGGUCAAGACGUCAUGCAUCAAUUGUCAGUUUCUCUCGAGGAACUUUACAAAGGAACUGUGCGUAAACUUGCCCUGCAAAAGAGUGUUAUCUGCGAGAAAUGCGAAGGUGUCGGUGGAAAGAAAGGUUCUGUUGAACAGUGCUCGACGUGUCAUGGUUCUGGAUUGCAAGUACAAAUUCAGCAGUUAGGUCCGGGAAUGUUGCAACAUUUACAGACCAUGUGCGCAGAUUGCAAGGGGCAGGGAGAACGUAUCAAUCCUCGUGAUCGUUGCAAGUACUGCAACGGAAAAAAGACUAUUAGAGAUAGAAAAAUACUUGAGGUUCACGUUGAUCCGGGUAUGGUUGACGGUCAGAAGAUUGUUUUCAGUGGCGAAGGUGAUCAGGAGCCGGAGUAUGAACCUGGCGAUAUAGUUAUUCUUCUCGAAGAAAAAGAUCAUGAUGUAUUCAAGCGUUCGAGGAACGAUUUGAUUAUGCGAAUGCAACUAGAACUCGUAGAGGCAUUAUGUGGAUUCCAGAAAGUUAUUCGUACCUUGGAUGGUAGAGAUCUAGUGAUUACCUCUCUUCCCGGUACUGUGACAAAACAUGGCGACUUGAAAUGUAUCUUGAACGAGGGCAUGCCGAUCUAUAAGGAUCCAUUUACACAUGGCAGGCUUAUAAUACAAUUUAUAGUAAAUUUUCCGAAAAGCAUAGAACCAUCGCUUAUCCCAUCGUUGGAGCAGUGUUUACCGCCGAGGGAAGAGGUUAUAAUUCCAGACGGUGCCGAAGAGUGCUUACUUACUGACUUGGAUCCCGAGCAGGAGCAAAGGCGGAGAGAUACGAGACAAGCGUAUGAGGAGGACGAAGGCGGCCCAUCGCGAGUCCAAUGUGCCACACAUUGAUUUGAUUACACUAACCCUGUAAUGAACAUAGCCGUUUCUUUCAUUUCGAAUUCUCUGUCCCAUUCGCUUGAUUCUGUAUCACGCUAAAGAAACAACCUGGAUGUAUACGCGAACAUUAAUGAGCGAAAAAAAAGUUGAAUUCAGUUUGGAUAUGCACGAAAAGCAGUAAGUAACGCAAAAGUAUUGCAAUUCAAUAAUCAAUAUUCUUUAGUUUUACUUUUAUGCGAAAAAUUAUACGAUUUUAAAAGCAAAUAAUUAUCAUUCACCAUCUUUGUUAAUGCAGUCCAAGAAUUAUAAUUUUGGAUUUGAAAUUGAAAUGUAUUAGUGUUCAUGCCUACUGUCGUUUUUACUUUUUAGUUUAUAACUGUUUUCUCAUAGUGUGCGACGCUUGCGAUAUAGGAAUGAGACUAAUUUGAGAUUUAAAAAAAUUUUUAAAUCAUUCGUAAUCAUGGACAAUGAAAAUAUUGACCGAUUAGAUAAUACUCUUAAUAUUGUGUAUAUUUGUUACAAUUAUAAAUUUAUGCCAAUGAAUACCAAUUAUAUUUUAAUACUUAAAACAUUUAUAUAAUUAUACUUUUAUACAUAUUAUUACAUAUAUUUGUGUACUUAUAAUUUUAUAUAUUAAUAGCGUUUUCGAUUGGGAAAAAGUUAGUGCGCACCAGUGCAUACUCAGUUUACACCAACACUGGACAAAUUCCAUGGGUUGCACUGAAUAGUGCAAGUACAAAAGAACACGCCGAAAUUUUCAGUGCCAAUUAUAUUUUAAAUAAAGUAUAGGUUAUAUACUUAUAUAAAAAAAUGUAACACUUACAGUGUCAUUAUACAUUUGUUUCACACAUGCCACAUAAUUUGUGGUUUUUGGAAUUAUUUUUCUAAUUCUAAGAGUUGUAAUUAUUUCUUCUUCCUCGCUUGAACUUGAAGAAGAUUCCAAAAAUAUCUCUAAAAUAUUAUAAAGAGCCAAAUCCAAAUUGCUCAUUUUGUCGAAUUUGAAACAAAACAUUCAAAACGAUGCACUAUUGUCUGCAUGCAUCUAAUGCACUGAACUGGCACCGUCAAAAUAGCUCGUGCCACUUAGUGCGCAUUACGCGAGUGUCGUGCGGUCAAACGAACACGUGACACUAGCCAAGUGCGCAUUGGCACUGCCAAUCGAACAUGCUCCUGACACUGAGUGCAGCCAGUGCAUUCCAAACGAAAACGCUAUAAGAAUAUUAGUAUCUCAUAAUAAAUUUUUAAAUAGCAACUUGUACAAGUUACAAACUUUUAAUAAUUUUAGUCGAUUUUUGUUCCUGAAAACAAGUAUUGUGUGUUACGAAAAAAUAGCUAUGAAAUGAAGAAUUGGAAUAGCAAUACAUGUGAAUCAAUACAUUUCAAUUUCAAGCUAAAAAUUAUAUGGACAGUACAGCGCUAAUAAAAAGGAUCUUUGUUGUGAUAAAGCGUCUUGUUAAGAUGCUUUAUGAGAGAUGCAUCUUAUUGAGGUAUUUUUCAGUUUAUUUGAAAUGUUUCUGAAUAAGAUGUUUUAUUUUUUUUUCUCUUUUGUUGAACAGCUCGCCUAUAUAUCCAUGUUACUCUCUUUUGUAGAAGGUUAUUAAAAAUAUGUACUUAUCAUUACACAAUGAUAAGGGAUUUUAAAUUUAUUUAGAUCUAAUAAAGCUCCGAUACCAAUCGUUACAGAAUAAUGAAAAACCAUGUACUCGAUCAACGCGAUUGUCUCUGCUAUUUGACCAAUUGUAUUGCUCCAAUAAUUAACCAGCAGCCUGACAGUGAUUACUUCGUGGCUAAAAGAUAGAAUUAAAUUUUUCGUAUACAUAUAUAUUUAGUUCAAUUCCAUGGAUUAUCCGUGUACACGAUUAUUUCCUUCAAAUAUUAAUAACAGCAAACUUGAUUACUCCAAACGUCAAAGUCUGAAAAUUGUUAUCUUUUGCAGUUUUCUAGGAUUUGAAAUAAUGAUAUCGAGAUGUGUCAAUCGAUGUGAAAACGAUAUAAAACUACGCUUGGUUGGAAGCCUUAAUGUGACGUUAUCAUUCGUAUUAGAGAUCUCGAAGAAACUUUUCAAAGUGGGACAUUAUUCCAUAUUCGUAGUAUUUAAUUAUUUUCCAGUCGCUUUUGUAUACUGGCGUGUGACGAUGAUGACGGAAAUACAUACAAUUUUAUUUGCUAAUAAUGCAAAUGAAAUGGGGGAAUCAGGUUCCUGUGUGUGUGUGGACGAUUGCGCGUAUUCAUAAGCAGCUUUGUGCAAUUAUAUUGUGUCGAAUCUAAUAAUUUUUCUCUCUUCACAUUUGCCAAUAUUGAGAUUUUAUUAUCUGUUUUAUCAAAAUCAGUGGUUGUCAUGUCGACAUGGCCAAUUUCCUUACUUGAAAACUUGUGUAAGCAAAAUAAUCUUUUCGUAGUACGCGUAUGUCUACAAGUUUACGGCUCGGGCACAGACUUUUGCGUAACGUAUAAGAGAAUUAACCAAUCAAAGAUAUUUAUUUCUAUCCUGGGGAAGAAAAUAGACGAUUCUGAUUGACUGAUUCUCUAAUGGUCUGUUCUUUCUAGCUGCACUGUUGCACUGAUGCAAUAAAUUAGAAUGAGAAAAAAUAUACUUGUCUUUAACUUAUUGCACCAGUGUAAUAGUGCAGCUAAAAAAAAAAAACAGGCCAUAAGUUUGUGCUCCUGCCCUUACUCGGUCAUUUUCGCCGUAUCUUCAUCAACGCGCAUGAACAAGUGCUCUAGAUAAUUCAUAGAUCCUGUUGUACUAUAUUGAAUUAAUAUACUUUCGAUACACAUUCACAUAAUUUACUGUAUACACGGUCGUAUUCGUCCGCAGUUACUAUAGCGAAUUUUAAUAAAUAGCCACAUAUGGUCUUGUAAUCUUAUUUAUUAUAGGAAAAAUUGGUGAUUGAUGAUUGAUGAUUAGGUACUUUUUUUGAGCGUCUCAAAUAAAUUUGGAACUGUA